GGGACUUCGCUCGCCGAUUGCCUGCGCACAUUCCCUCCGGAUCUGCCCGGCUACGUGUGAUGGUCAAAUCCUCAAUUGGUGAACUUGAAGCCAAAUACCCGGAUGUCGAUCCAUUCCUUCUUCGCAAAUGGGAACGGAUUUUUAGCAUGUUUUUUGAUCGCAAUGCCUCGCAUCAAAUCGAUAGAGGAGAUUUCUACUUGGUUAUUCGGAAGGUAAAGGAUAUCUACGGUGCAGAAUCUGAACAAACAGACUUCGCUAGGAAGACCUUAACUACCCUUUGGGAAAAUCUCUGUAAAACCGCCGACUCAGAUAAUGAUCAAUCGGUAUCGAUCGAUGAAUGGAUCAAAUUUUUGAAAUCGUCCACGAAGAGUGAAGAGAUGCAAUGGUUCACUGACUAUAGAACAUUUAUGUUUCAACUUUUCGAUGUUUCCUGCGAUAACUUACUGGAUAUAGAAGAAUAUAUCGACGGCAUGAAUGUGUACGGAGUAAAACGUCCGGAGGCUAAAGAAGCUUUUCAGAAAUUUGCUGUGGACGCAAGCGGAAAGAAUGUUCCAGUUGUCAGCAAAGAAAUGUGGGCCCGUCACUUUUACGAUCUUUUCUAUUCCACCGACAAGAAUGCUCUUGGAAAUCACUUGUUUGGUGUUUCUGACUUCCAAGAAAACUAAAAAACCUGUACUUAGUGCACCCUAACACUUGUUUCUUCGUCCGUUCUGAUUCUGUUUCUUUACAUAUUGUAGUUAUUG